GGGGGCCGCCUCUUCCCCCUCUGAGCCAAUCCCGGUGAGCCUGCGAGUGGCAUGGCUUCUUCCAGCUCCGGGAUCUCAGGUUAUGCAACUAGUUAAUGCUGCGAGCUAGUCCUGACGGCCUCCCAGUCCCCAGGCUAACCGCCAGGUGUUUCAGGUCCGCGCUCCCAGUCUCCCGUCGGGCGCAGAGCCCAGGCUCUGAGGAGAAUGGAUUCUUUGGAUACAUGGGACUUCUCACCUUUAAUAUCACUGUGGAUAAACAGAUAUUACAUAUAUUUGGGCUUUGCCUUUGGUAUUACCCUCUGGAUUUGUUUCCAGAUUAUCAUCAGGAAGCAGUCAUUUAUCUUCCAGGACAAGAACUCACAGGAGAAAUCAGUUCCUAAAGCAACUCGGGAUUUGAUGACAAAUGGUUAUAUCUCUCUUCCCAAGAAGGAAGUCUUUGUGUCUGGAGUGAAGAUUUUCUAUGGUUCCCAGACUGGUACAGCAAAGAAAUUUGCAACAAUUCUUGCUGAAGCUGUUACUUCCCUACACCUGCCUGUGGCAGUUAUUAACCUGAAAGAAUAUGAUCCAGAUGAUAAUCUAGUAGAAGAGGUUACUAGUAAAACUGUUUGUGCCUUCCUGGUUGCUACAUAUACUGAUGGUCGACCAACCGAGAGUGCGGAGUGGUUCUGCAAAUGGUUAGAGGAAGCAUCCAGUGAUUUUCGAUUUGGCAAAACUUACCUGAAGGGUAUGAGAUAUGUGGUGUUUGGCCUGGGAAAUUCUGCCUAUACGAGCCACUUCAACAAGGUUGGCAAGAAUGUUGAUAAGUGGCUCUGGAUGCUUGGUGCUCAUCGUGUGAUGACUCGAGGGGAGGGUGACUGCAAUGUGGUUAAAAGCAAACAUGGCAGCAUUGAAGCUGACUUCAGAGCUUGGAAGACCAAGUUCAUCUCUCAGCUCCAGGUGCUUUGUAAAGGAGAGAAGAAAUCCUGUGAUGGCAAUUGCAAGAAAGGCAAAUGUGAAUCUAAUCAACAUAGCUCAGAGGAAAUGGAGCCAGGGUCUCAUACUCAGGAUGGAUUGCAUCAGAGAGAUGCUGAGGAGGAGGAGUCCUUUGAGAGUUUCAGUGAGGAAGAGUCUGAUACCGAGGACCACCGGAGCCUAACUUCUAUCGUUGAUGUUGAGGACCUUGGCAAAAUUAUGAAUCAUGUGAAGAAAGAAAAGAGAGAAAAGGAGCAGCAGGAAGAGAAAACUGGUUUGUUGAGGAAAACAGUGAAGAAUGAAGCCAGUGAAAGAAGAGCUAUGAUAACUCCUGCUCUCCGAGAAGCCCUUACUAAACAAGGUUAUCAGUUGAUUGGGAGCCAUUCUGGGGUGAAGCUUUGCAGGUGGACAAAGUCAAUGCUCCGAGGGAGAGGAGGUUGCUAUAAACAUACAUUUUAUGGCAUUGAAAGCCAUCGUUGCAUGGAAACCACCCCGAGCUUAGCAUGUGCAAAUAAAUGUGUCUUCUGUUGGCGGCACCACACCAACCCAGUGGGCACUGAAUGGCGGUGGAAGAUGGACCAGCCUGAAGUGAUCUUGAAGGAGGCCAUUGAAAACCAUCAGAACAUGAUCAAACAGUUUAAAGGCGUACCAGGUGUCAAAGAAGAACGUUUUAAGGAAGGAAUGACAGUAAAGCACUGUGCAUUGUCUCUUGUGGGAGAACCCAUCAUGUACCCAGAAAUCAACAGUUUUUUGAAGCUACUCCACGAGUGUAAAAUCUCCAGUUUCCUGGUCACAAAUGCACAAUUCCCUGUGGAAAUCAGGAAUCUCAAACCGGUUACCCAGCUAUACGUCAGUGUGGAUGCCAGCACCAAAGACAGCCUGAAGAAGAUUGACCGCCCACUCUUCAAGGACUUCUGGCAAAGAUUCCUCGACAGUUUGAGAGCCUUGGCAGCAAAGCAACAACGCACUGUCUACAGACUGACUCUUGUUAAGGCGUGGAAUGUGGAUGAACUGCAAGCCUAUGCUGAGCUGGUGUCUCUGGGGUGUCCUGACUUCAUCGAAGUGAAGGGUGUUACCUACUGUGGAGAGAAUUCAGCAAGCAGUCUUACCAUGGCCAACGUGCCCUGGCAUGAGGAAGUGGUACGCUUUGUCCGUGAAUUGGUGGAUCUGAUCCCCGACUAUGAAGUUGCUUGUGAACACGAACAUUCCAAUUGCCUCCUGAUUGCUCACAGGAAGUUUAAGAUUGAUGGAGAAUGGUGGACGUGGAUCGAUUAUGAUCGCUUCCAGGAGCUUAUCCAGGAAUAUGAAGUCAGUGGUGGAUCCAAAACUUUCAGCGCGGAGGAUUAUGUGGCCAGAACUCCUCCCUGGGCUUUAUUUGGUGCCAGUGAAAGAGGCUUUGAUCCCAAGGACACAAGGUAUCAGAGAAAGAACAAAUCGAAGGACAUUUCUGGAUGUUGAGAUUAUCUGAAUUUAGGAUACUGAAGGACAAAAACUGAUGGCCCCAGAGGGUUCUCAGACUCCACUGUGAUUUUUUCCAAGGACGAAUUACACAAAUUCUAUUUCACGCCCAGGAGAAUGUAGGGCAGAACAUGGGGGUGCAGGUCAUGCCCUGGGGCUGAGGAAACAGCAUCCACACUGUUCUGCGGCCUCACCGUGUCUUCCCAGAGCUCAGUCCCUUGCCUGAUUUUACUUCUGAGAAGAAAGCCAUUUUGGGGGGAAGUAUACACAGUCUUUAUUAGGAUUUGACUGACAGUUUUGAGCUAUCAUUAGUAAGACUCCCUGGAGUGCUAUUCAUGAGUGUUGUGCAGAAUGAGUGCCUUCCUCUCCCCCUCGCGGGCUAUUGGCCUUCGCGGAUUGUACUACCCCGAGGUAAGUGUAUCCGCUCCCUCCGAGAUCGCCACCCUCUUGCUACCCCCUUCUUAUAUCUGAAAGUAACUUAAGUUGUCAUAAUUCUCAAUUGUUUUAAAAUACUGCAUAGAUUACUUCACAUUUUUGCUUAGCGCCAACCCUUUAGAAAUUGAAUUGAUUUUAAAACUGGACUAGAUCUCAUUCCUUCCCAUACAAAUUGCCACAGAAGGUAAAUAUAUGGGCUGGAUUAGAGUAAAAACUCGUUUCUAUGAGAGGAAUUGCCAUCUGAUGUCAUUGAAUAAUUAGUCUCACAAACAAACUUUGACAUAAUGAGUACAGUUUGCCUUUUGUUGAAAAGCCUCUCAUGAGCACACACACAGCAGGUCUGCCCGUCUUUCACUCUGGUAGUCCUGGGUACUUCACUCAGUCUGUUCUUUAAGUUCAAGUUUUUUCUAAGUGUAAACACCAUUGAAUACUCAAUAGUUUUUUAAAGUAUCAUAAUUAUUUAAAAAAUUCCUUUAUCCUAAAAUUUUAAUUAAUAAAAAAUCUUUUGUAGACAUUUAGAACACAGA